UACAGGUCUUCGCCAUAUUCAUCACUUCGACCCCGAGGAUACAUCAUGUCUCCCCUCGUCCUGUUACUGGCUGUCAUAGCAGGAAGCAUUUCAGCUUCUUCAAUCCGAGAUUAUACCGGCGGAAAUAACGUCGAGGAUGUAUUUGAACACCAAGACAACGUUGGCACCGGAAGUGAAGAAACUACCAAUUUACCGGCUGACAACAUCGACAGCGAGGUGGUUACCGAUGCGGAAAUUCAUAUAGAGCACUCCAACAUGCCGUGCAAUGAAUUUUACAUAUGUGCUAUGCAGAGUCCGCCCCCUGCACUUUUGGGGUCCAUCACGAAGGGCUUCUACAUUUCCCCUGGUUUCUUAAAGAAAAUGUGCAGGUAUAUGAAGUCGUCAGUAGGCUGCUAUUAUCAGGGAGAUUAUGCCGACUGUCCCAUUGUGACGGAGAUUGUUAAAUCUACAACCAACAUGUAUCGAUACAUGUGUGUUGAGCCAGGCAGAUCAGCUGUACUGUCCAUUCUUCCAUGUAUCAACAACUUCGAGGUCCAGUUACAACUGAUUUUGUCAUCUUAUGGGUUUUCACAUUCGGUUAAAACAAUCAGGGAUUGGCCAGACCAGGAGCCUUCAAAUAUCGCUUUGAUGAUGUGCAGGGUAAUGAAUAACUUCUACCAAGAUACCGGAGCGGAGAUCGAAAGCCGGUGUUCGGCAGCCGAUCGUCGAAUUUACGAAAACAUGGCGGUGAUUUGGUCGAGGUCUGGAUUACGAGACUAUAACUGUACGAUUGAAGAAAACAACAACACGAGUCUCUAAAUUCUUUUUUUGUUUACACUGACCGUUAAUUAUCAUAAAGUAAAAUAAAGACCAACAAUAUUUCCCCUCAAUUCUUAAAUACAAUUCAAAUGACACGGAAGUAAUUGCUACCAAACUUUUUUUUUUAGUCGAACAUUACUUCUGACGAGUAUUGUAUUUGAUAAGGUUCAGAAUAAAGACUUCUGCAGCAAAGA